AUGAGUAUGACUCGCGAUGCGGUCGCGCAAGAUGCCUCUUUACCUGUGAUAAAGGGCUCAGAGCGCUCAACAACGCUGUCGAGGGUAUCUGGGACGGCGGUUCCAACCAUUGUAUCUUCUGCCGCAGAUUCGACAUGGAACAGCAGGGAUUUGGGUAUGCGCCUCGGUGUCGACGUUGUCAGUGCGGCUUCCGCUGGCGCGUUGACUUGUCCAUUGAUCACAAUCAUUGACCGUGCUAUUAUUGAAAAGGCCUCCAAAGGCUUCCCUAUUCGCCAAACUAUCACCAAUUGCCUCAAAUCCAUGGUCACAAAACCAGCCGGCUUCUUUCUCGGCACGCCUUUCCUCCUCAUUUAUACCCUCUAUACGUCUACAUAUCUUACUGCGAACGCGAUUGACACGGUGUCCUCCACUUUGCGCAACCAGUCUUACUCAACUGUGACGCCGGGUCCGGCCAAAUUCAUCUCCACGACUGCAGUCAACAUGGCUAUUUGCGUCUACAAAGAUGCGCGCUUUGCGAAGAUCUUUGGCGCCUCACCAUCACCCUCUCCGGCUCAAUCACAGACAUCCACCUCUGCCUCGUUAUCACGUCCGGCUGUCUGCCAUCCUAUGCCCUCUCAAUCCGCCGCAGCGCCCACCAUUCCGAAAGUCUCAUACUCCCUCUUUUGUCUUCGUGAUAGUGUGACAAUCUUCGCCUCCUUCAACGUUCCCACAUUGAUCGCACCUUCAAUACCGGACUUCAUUGCAGCGACGCCAAGUAUGAAGGCCGCCACUGCGCAAUUCGCAUGUCCUGCCUUGAUGCAAUUCUUUAGUACGCCGAUGCAUCUACUCGGCCUGGACUUGUACAAUCGGCAGCCGCCUGGUGGUCUACCCUGGACAGAUCGCGUGGGACGUAUCCGUCGAGAUUACAUUUCCAGCAGCUUUGCUCGCAUGGGCAAAAUUGUGCCGGCUUAUGGUAUCGGCGGUGUUGUCAAUGUCCGAAUGAGAGCGACUUUGAUGGAGCGGCUUGAGCAGAAAAACUGA